AUGUCAGAAAUACAUGAUUGCCAGCAGGAUAUCGAUGCACUAAAAAAUGAGAUUUUCAUACUUGGUAAAAAGUACGAUGCACUCACAGAAGAAAUUGAAAAAUACUCUAAGGAUUCUGAGGAGCCACAAUCAGAAAAAGACGGUUCGCAGCUUAUCGUACCCCCCGAGUUUGAAAGACUUUUCGACGAAUUUCCUACCCUGAAAAGUGCCCUUUCCCAAAACUACACAAGUGAUGUUUCGAUAUUUGAAGAUAAAAGUGACAAUAAUAGCCCCGAAAAGGACUCGAAAUCAUUUCCAAAAAGAAGAAAGAAACAGCUGCCGCAUAACAUUCCGGAGUAUGAGUGGGUCUUACGGACACAGGGCAAGAUGGAACACCAAAUGUUUGAUGAUGACGUUGCAGAUCUCAUCGAUACUGACAUACUUAGUUCACCAUCCAAACGUAGACGGAUCGCCAAUUCUACGGCUACCCAAAACCUAGAGGAGAAGGCACAGCUUGAGAACAUUUAUCGGAUGUUCGGGAUAAGCGCCUUUCCCGUCGUAGAUCCCGGUGACUUGGCUCUUAACAACGGCCAAACUGAAGCGGUUGAUAAAAUGCUUGGGAUUAGGAUAGAAAUCUUCAACGAAACUACCAGGAACUUCGAAUCACCUCAUUAUUUGAUAUUGAAAAGAAAUCCGAAAAACGAAUCAUGGGAGCUGUUCAAGCACACAGUCCCAAUUUAUCUUAAUGUUGAGCAUAUUUUCGACUCGACAAAUCCCGGAGGUUUUAUUGUAAAUGAUACUGACGUCUAUAUAUUUGCAACCAAAGUUUACAGGAAGCUUCUCCAAGUUUUUCAAAGGGUUUCAUUCUUCAAAGAAUUGGAGAAAGCGGGUAGAAUAAAAGAUUUGGAAGCAGAUUUGUGUGCCAACGCUGUUUCCUUCAAGACACUUGGCGGGAUAAAAGUUUUAUUAAGGAUGAGGGGUGGUGAAAUUAUAGCAUGCGCAAUUAAUCAAAUUAAUCGGAAAUGGGAAGCCGCUUUGCUAGGUCCGAUGAAAACUCUGAUCGGCAAGCUGGAGGACAUGAAUGAAGAACUGGCUUAA